AUGAAUUAUACGCAAACGUCAAAUCCGAAACAGCUGAUUAAAUUGUUUGUGUUAUUUAAUUCAACGUAUUUCUUCACAUUCAAAGCACCUAACAGAGUCAAAAUGCAAAAAAUUUUACGUAACAUUUCUCGUUAUCCAUAUACGCCGAGAAUCGAUCAAAAAAGAUCGUUCUGGGAGUACGUGAAUAUGAUGUUCAACAAACCUGAUCCCGACAGGAUCAAGGCCGUCGGAGCUGAUCGAGCGUGCGCUGAGUGGGUCUUGAAAAAUGGCGGUAAAAUCGUUUGGGCGGAUGGGAAACGAAUUGAGGAUUACAAUGUACUUCCUUCCGACGAUACGAUCCUACCCAAAAUAAUUGAAAUCGAUGGAACCGAUUCAGCUAUAUCUCACUACGGAUUCCCACAUUUAAAUGGUUGUACGAUGCUAAGCAAAAUUAUCCUGCAUAAUAAUAAUUAUAUAGACGAUCGGGCUCUGAAAGGAUUGUCGUACGCAAAGAACACACUUUCGCAUUUACAAAUCUCAAAAUGUGUGAAUGUCACCGAUGCCGGUCUUAAAGAACUCAAUAUAUUGGAGAAACUGCAGCACCUGAUACUCUUUAAUUUGGAGAGUGUUAACGAUUUGGAAGAAUGUAAAAAAUAUCUGAAGUCUCAAAUUCCUAAAUGUAAUAUUGAAGGUAAUCCGAAGCAAAAAAACGAAGAUUCAUUGUAAAUAUUGUUUUAUUCUACGAG